ACUCUCUCUCUCUCUCUAUUUCUUUCUCUCUCUGCAUCUCUCCUUCGUCGCGGCCGUUCGCUAUGUCGUGCUUCAAGAGCAAAUACACCGAUGAGCUCAUUGCCAAUGCUGCUUACAUCGGCACUCCUGGAAAGGGUAUUCUAGCCGCUGACGAGUCUACCGGCACAAUCGGAAAACGUCUAGCGAGCAUUAACGUAGAGAACGUCGAGACCAACAGGCGUGCUCUCCGUGAGCUCUUGUUCACCACUCCUGGAGCUCUCCAGUACCUCAGCGGUGUCAUCCUCUAUGAGGAGACCCUUUACCAGAAGACAGCCGCCGGCAAGCCGUUUGUUGAACUGUUGAAGGAAGGGGGAGUCCUUCCCGGUAUUAAGGUGGACAAGGGCACGGUCGAGCUCGCUGGUACGAACGGUGAGACCACCACGAUCGGGCUCGAUGGGCUCGGUGACCGCUGCAAGAAAUACUACGAAGCCGGUGCCCGUUUCGCCAAGUGGAGAGCAGUCCUCAAGAUCAGUGCAAACGAGCCUUCCGAACUAGCCAUCCACGAGAACGCCUACGGUUUAGCCAGGUAUGCCGUCAUCUGCCAAGAGAAUGGACUCGUCCCGAUCGUCGAGCCCGAGAUCCUUGUGGACGGCUCGCACGACAUCGAGAAGUGCGCUUACGUCACGGAACGUGUCCUGGCCGCAUGCUACAAGGCCUUGAACGACCACCACGUCAUCCUGGAAGGAACACUCCUGAAACCAAACAUGGUGACUCCAGGUUCCGACAGCGCCAAGGUUGCCCCCGAGGUGAUCGCUGAGCACACGGUUCGAGCCCUACAACGAACCGUCCCCGCCGCGGUCCCAGCCAUCGUGUUCUUGUCAGGUGGGCAGAGCGAGGAAGAGGCGACGGUUAACCUCAACGCGAUGAACCAGCUCAAGGGGAAGAAACCAUGGAGCCUGACGUUUUCGUACGGACGAGCCCUUCAACAGAGCACACUCAAGACGUGGGCGGGUAAGGAGGAGAACGUGGAGAAGGCACAAGCGGCCUUCUUGGCUCGAGCCAGGGCUAACUCUGAGGCCACGCUCGGCGGCUACAAGGGCGACGCUAAUCUCGUAGACGGCGCCUCUGAGAGCCUUCACGUCAAAGACUACAAGUACUGAGAAAAAGGUUCAAACCUCGUUCUUGAUUUUUGAAAAGAGUUUUUUUUUUUUUUUGUAAUAAAAAACAUUCUCUCUCCACAUUUUACAAUUUUGCCACGGAGAUUAUGUCUUAUAAUCCUAUGCAGAUAAAUAUUAUAUUUAAUAAUCAACAAUUAUUGUUAUCAUGGUACAACUCAAAUAUAUUCGAAAGCCCAGAAUA